AAAAAGACAGAGAAAGACUUACUUAAUAUUAACACGUGACGGUUCAGGUAGUUACUUCUUCUUCUUUUACCAAGGUUUCAUCAUGGAGAUUGUGCAUGUGUACACUAAGAAACGCAGCGAGUUUGGCCGCCAGUGUAACUUCUCAGACCGUCCAGCUGAACUGCAUGUGGAUAUUUUGCCAGACCCAUCUCUCGCUGCGGACUUUAUAGCCCAGGAUCCAUGUGAUGUAGCCUUACAGUGCACACAGGAAAUGUCAGAGCAUGAGGUGAACACAGAGCGUUUUGAGUCUGAGACGUGUGGCAUUAACCAUGUGGAAGGGGGGUGGCCAAAAGAUGUCAAUCCUCAAGAAAUGGAACAGACCAUUCGCUACAGGAAAAAGGUGGAGAAGGAUGAGAACUAUGUGAACACCAUCAUGGGGCUUGGGAGUCACAUGGAGCACUGCAUAAGACAGAACAAUGCUAUUGACAUUUAUCAGGAGUACUUUGAGGAAGAGGAGGUGGUAGAGGAGGCAGAGGAGCAGCCCUCAGCCAAAACCAUCAAUGUGUUCAGAGACCCGAACGAGGUGAAGCGCACUGCCACCAGUCUGUCAUGGCACCCCGAUGGCUUUCGCAAGCUGGCUGUGGCUUACUCCUCUUUAGAGUUUCAGAAAUUCAGCCAAAACAUGUGUUACGACUCUUAUAUCUGGGACAUUGAGAACCCAAAUAGACCUGAGCUGACGCUGAAACCGGUCUCUCCACUCGUCUGCCUGGAAUAUAACCCCAAAGACUCGCAUAUCCUAGUCGGGGGAAGCUACAAUGGGCAAACCGCCUUUUGGGACACCCGUAAGGGCAGCCAGCCGGUUGAGAUGUCCGCAAUUGAGCAUAGUCAUAGAGACCCAGUGUACAAGGUCAUCUGGCUGCAGACAAAGACAGGAACAGACUUUUUCUCAGCUUCCACUGAUGGUCAGGUUCUGUGGUGGGACAUACGGAAGAUGAGUGAACCCACAGAAAGGCUGGUGCUCGACCCCAGCAAGAAAGGGAAGCUGGAAAAUGCACUGGGUGCCAUCUCACUGGAGUUUGAAACCACCAUGCCCACAAAGUUCAUGGUUGGGACAGAACAGGGGCUGGUGGUUUCGUGUAACCGGAAAGCCAAAACUCCAAGUGAGAAGAUUGUUUGCAUGUAUAGUGGCCAUCAUGGCCCUAUAUAUGCUUUGCAGAGGAAUCCAUUCUUUCCUAAGAACUUUCUGACUGUGGCUGACUGGACUGCCCGUAUCUGGUCUGAGGACAUUAGAGAAUCCUCUAUCAUGUGGACAAAAUAUCACAUGGCCUACCUAUCAGAUGGAUGCUGGAGCCCUGUAAGACCUUCAGUCUUUUUCACGGUCAAAAUGGACGGCACUUUGGACGUAUGGGACUUCCUGUUCAAGCAGAAUGACCCAACGCUCACUCUUAAAGUGUGUGACGAGGCUCUGUACAGCUUGCGUGUGCAGGAUAACGGACGUUUUCUGGCAUGCGGCUCACAGCUGGGCACAGCCACCCUGCUCGAGAUCUCAUCAGGCCUGUGCACCCUGCAAAAAAAUGAGAAAGCACUGGCUACAGCUAUGUUUGAGCGUGAGACGAAGCGAGAGAAGAUUCUGGAGGCUCGACACAGAGAGAUGCGUCUCAAAGAGCGCAGUCGUUCAGAGCAGGGAAAGGACGAAGAAACCAAAGACGGAGAGGGAGAGGAGAGUGCAGAGGAUCUGGUGGCCCGUGCUGAAAAAGAGUUCUAUGAAAUGGUUGAAGCAGAAAUGAAGAAAAGGGGAAAAGAGGAGAAAAUAGAGAAGGAAAUAAACAAGGAGAACGGUGAAGAGGAACUGUGAGAAGAAGAACCACCAUGACUUCACUUACCUGUAGUUUUCUCCAAAACAUGCUGCUGGAAAUAAAGAAACAGUUUUUCUCUUACAGUACUUCAGCCAGUGCUUUUACUGCACAGCUCACAUAGUAAAUUAUUUUUUAUCUAAGCUGAUUAAAGAAAAUAUAUUUUGCACAUUAUAUUUUUGUUUGUACGCUGAGAAAAUACAUUCAACACAAUAAAUGUCCUUUGACAUUCCUGAAUACAAUAAUUAUUUCUAUGUCUGCAUUAAUUGAGGUAAUAGAUGUGAAGCACAGUAAUUUACUUAAUUGCCUUCUUUACUUUCCCUGUCUUUUGUUUUUGAAUACAUUUUACAAUUUACAUUAUAUUUAAAUG